AUGCUUGUCGCAACACUAGGCGCGAAAUCGAACCUGAAGAAGGUGACUCGAAAGGCCAUCCUCGACGUCGACAUCCCAAGAGCAUGCAACACAAUCACCGACCCUGAGACACCACUUGCGCUGCGUUUACAAGCUAGUCUCCUCUAUGGCAUCUCGAGAGUCCACUCACAACAGUGCAAUUAUGUGCUCACCGACACACAAAGCUUUCGCGACAAGAUGCGAGGCAUCGCUCAGGUCAUGCAGGAUCUCGAGAUUGACCCGGAAGUCAGUCGCACGAGACCGGAACAGCUCAAUCUUGCAGAAGAUUCAGGAUUCAUCCCCGAACUGGACCUGAUGUUCGACCUCUCUGCCUUCGACUUUCCCUCUACUGAGGUCAGCUCUCGUGGUUCGAGCGUUCUCUCACCAUUCUCUCGACCUUCCAGUCAGAGCAGUGUCCACCUGGAAGAAGAUGGCGAUCUUGGUCUCGACAUCCCAUCUCUCGACACUCCUGGUGAUUUCGGUGGCACGGGCUUCGGGCUUGGAGUUGAGUCCAGUGCUGGUACUCGCAGUGUUGCCAGGUCCGCCGCUUUGCAGCCGUAUGAAGAAGAAGGUAUCAUCGCUGAGCCUGAAUUCGAGAUUGCCGAAGAUGGAAGCUUGGUGGCCGCGACCAAGACUCGGUCAGAAGAUGUCCAUACGCCUGGCGGCAGCGGCGUAGCCGUCGGUGAGCCUGACUUUGCUGCACAAGGAGGUUCAGACCAUGGGCUUGGGAUCGAUGCCGAUGAAAUUGCACGACGCGUUCAAGAUGACGACAUGAUUAUGUUUGGCGACGAUGAUGAGAUGCGACUGCCAACUGCUGAGCCCUUCCCUGCAGUUCCUCGAACAGACAACGUUCAACCCGCGGAUCUGCCACCACCUACUUCUCCUGUUCAAGCGUCUACAGCUGGCACAUCAUCGGCUGCUGCUCCUCAACAACGCGUCCGACCACAAAAGCAAGUCAAGGCCGACCACCGCACAGAGCUUCAGAACAAGGACCUAGGGGACUGGAGUAAUGACUACCUCGACAACAUGAAAGAGCUGGCGAAAGCCAAGGAACAGCAUAGGUCUACCCUCCAAGGCAAGAGAAAUGCUGCAUUUUGGGUCUUAGGACAAGGUGUCGGCGGAGUCCAGGCGAAUUUCGGCGUCGACAGAGAGCCUCACCCACUUGCAAUCUUCAGUGGUCAAACAUUACUCGAUGCACUGAUGGGUCCGCAAACCCAGCGAAGCCCCACGGGAUCCAAGCGCGCAAGGAGUCAGUCUCCUGGUGCUGCAGACGGGCGCAGAGUCCGGGCCCGGUCCGAAGAAGACGCUGACGAGGUUGCGAGGCGUCUCGACGAUGAUCAAGUCAUGCUUGGUCUUGAUGAUGAAGGCAUUAUGGUUCAAGGGGAUGAGCAGAACCUGGAGAGCGAAGUUGGACGUCGCGCAGGAUCCAGCUUGCCUGACCCCGACUCAAUUCUGCCGUGGAACCGAUCUGCAAGCGCUUCUCGUCACGGAUCCGCUCGACCCUUCGGUGGCAGCGGUGGCCCUGGCAUCAGCUCUAGUGUCGGUGGUGUCGGCAGCUUUCGUGGACCUGGCAGCAGCGUUGAUCUUCCUCGCAGUCGUCAAGCUUCGGUUUUGGCUAAGUUCCGCAACCGUCGACUUUCUGCCAGCCCUUCGAUGGGGAGGGGCGCAAUGCCACCCAUGGACCUCGAGGAUCUUAGGGACAUCCACGGGAAUCGUCUGUCUGAUCUGCUCGACGAGGAAGGCAUUCUUCCAGGUGGCGAUGAGUACGACCUCGCCAUCGGUAACGACGAGUUCGAACAGUAUGGCCCUGCUGCCAAUGUCGACACCCAGACCGCUCAGACGAGUCAGUGGAUGCGCAAGACUCUCGAAGAUGAGUCGCUCAACUUCUUGGGCUUCGUUGAGCUCAAUCUACAAGGCACUCGUGUCGAUGAGGAAGGCAUAGAAGUUCAAGUGAGGGAGUCACGAGACGAGGUCACUAUGGAUGAUCUUCUUCCGCCCAAGGAGAAUUCACCUGUGGUAGCCGCUCAGGCUCUGCUGCACGUCCUGACUUUGGUCACGAAGGGUAUGUUGACAGUGCGGCAGGAUGAGCCGUUCGACUCGCCGAUUGUACUGAGCGCUGUCGAGCAUGAACCUGUUCGCCGCAACGAAUCAGAUGAAGGUGAUGCUGACAACGAGAGGGUUGCUGAUCACACCGAACGACAAGAUGAAGGCCAUGAGGACGAUCAAGAAGAAGAAGAGUACCACACCGCUGAGGAGGACAAUGGCGGCGAAGAGUCUGAUGGCGCUGAUGGCGACGACGAGGAUGACGAGCUGUGA